AUGGAUACGUUUAUGUCUUUAGAAAACGAUCAAUACAACUGCUCAGUAUGUCUAGAUCUGAUGACGGAUCCAGUGACUAUUCCUUGUGGACACAGCUACUGUAUGGCCUGCAUUCAGGAUUACUGGAAUAAAAGUAAUCAGAAGACAAACUACUGUCCUCAGUGCAGGCAAACCUUUCCAACAAGGCCAACACUGAACAAAAAUACAAUGCUCGCUGAGAUACUUGAGACAUUCAGGAAUGCAGCACUUCAGCCUUCAGUACCUGCUGGAUCUUUAGCAGAACCGGGCAGUAUAGAAUGUAGUUUUUGCACUGGGAUAAAAGUUGCUGCUGUUAAAUCAUGCCUGGACUGUCGAGCCUCCUACUGCAAAACACAUCUCCAUCCUCACUACACCGUACAUGCUCUGAAAACACACAAGUUGGUUAACCCCACCAACAUGCCAACAUGUGAGAAACAUAAUAAACUGUUGGAGGUGUUCUGUCGCACAGACCAGAAGUUUGUCUGCGUGCUGUGUAUAACAGAUGACCACAAGAGCCAUGAUAUUGUUUCAUCUGAGACAGAAAGAGAAGAGAAACAAGUCAAGUUGGAAGCUAAUACAAGAAAAUUUGAAGAGAAACGCAAAGCAAAACAGAAGGAAAUUCAGGAGCUGGAAACGGCCAUUGCAUCACGUAAACACUCAGCAAAGAAGGCUGUGGAGGACACUCAGCUCACCUUUACCUCCUUAAUCAGUUUCUUAAAGGACAGAUGCUCUGAGGUCAUAAAGAAUAUCCGAGAUCAAGAGAAGACUGACCUUGAUAGAGCCACAGAUCUUAAAAAGCAACUGGAGCUUAAACUGGCUGCGCUGAUGGAACAGGAAGACACCAUGGGCAAACUUUUAAAGACUGAAGACAACAUUUACUUUGUUCAGAAUUUUAAAAGUAUGCCCACUCCCUCUGAAGCUGAAGAGUUGCAGACGUUGAAGUCAGUUGGCUCCUCUGAAAAUGUGAGGGAAAGUAUUUUGGAGUUUAAAGGGAAACUGGAGCAUUUAUGCCAGCAGAGAGUGAACAUGAUAUUACAACAAGCUCUGAAGACUGAUAUCAGAAUUGGAGAUCGUGUCCGAGUAAAGCCAUCUGUUGGCACUCCAAAACACAAAUGGGGAAAGGUGACUCGCCAAAGUGUGGGUGUGGUUAAGACUCUUAAUGGGGAGGAAAUUAAUGUUGACUUCCCUGAGCAAUCUGGCUGGCAUGGUUUUGUCUCUGAAAUGGAAUUUGUUUCUGAACAGGAACUUUUAGGCUCACUGACUGCAAAUGGCAGUUUCCACAUUGGGGAUGAAGUAAGAGUGAAAGCCUCAGUUGUAACCCCCAAACAUGACUGGGGAGGCGUCACUCAUAAAAGCGUGGGCAGAGUUAAAGCUAUUAAGGGUGAUGUUAUGACUGUGGACUUCCCUGAGUUUUCAGGCUGGAAGGGUUUUCUCUCAGAAAUGGAGUUAAUACGCAGCAAAGCGUCAGUACAACCCAGCUCCCCAUUCAAAAUAGGAGACAGUGUCAGAGUAAAAACCACUGUAACUUCUCCAAAAUAUAAUUGGGGUGCGGUUUCUCACAAAAGUGUUGGUGUGGUUACAGCUCUUAGUGAAGAUAUAACAAAAUUUUCCUGAGCAGGGUAGAUGGGUAGGUGUGGUUUCUGAAAUGGAACUCGCUCCUAACACUGACUAAGCUCUGUGACAGACGACCUCCCAGAAGACUUUGACUGGGGCUGGAGAUCUCUAAAGUGGAAGUGUUGUCAUAGAAAGUGACACAAAAAAUAAAUGCUGGAAUUACAGAAUUAAUCUUAAAAUAUUGUUAUCUAGUUUUUAAAAAGUGCAUCAAAAUAGGAAUUAAUAGUUUAAUUAAUAGUUAUAAAGUGAAAACAUGCACACACACGUGGUGUAAUUGUGUGCAUUAUAUAUGUUAGUAAUAAUGUUUAGUAAUGUUAUAUGUGUUUCUGUGUAAGGGACUAGUGUAUUAAAUGUUUUGAAUUUGUUAUCAUUAACACAUCAAAGGCUUUUAUGAAUGAACGUGUCUUUUCGGCUGCUGCCGUUAGGGGUCGCCACAGCUGAUCAUUCGACUGCAUAUUUGAUUUAGCACAGUUCUUAAACUGGAUACCCUUCCUGACUCAACCCUCCUAUUUAUCUGGGCUUAGGACUGAUAUUUUCACAAUUCAUAGAUGCUCUACUAUAGAUCUACUAUAAAUGCUCAAAUUUAGGUGUGUAAACGUUAAGAAAUGUGUUCUUGUAGCUGUAAUUGCUGCAGAAGGGGAUUCUGCAAAAUAUUAAAUAAAGGGUGUGAAUAUUUAUUUAAAA